AUGACUGGAUCCACAAAACCGGAUCUUGAUCGUUUAGGCUAUUUUAGAGAAAUGUCUUAUAUUACAAUUGGUGAUCCGUAUAUUGAUCUAGGAAAAUUUGUUUUCAAUGAAAAUUCCUGUAAAGGUAAACAGUUAUAUGGGAUUAGUACAAAAUCAAAAUGUGGUUUAAAUGAUGGAUAUUUUAAUUCAUACAAUCGAUUAUUUAUUGGUGAAUCUUAUACAGAUAUUACAAAAAUUAAACAUGAAGAACGUUUGAAAGAAAAAAUUAAAGAAGGUGCAAAAACAUUUCUUCCACCUUCUGGUUCUAAACAACUUAUUGGAUCUGGAAGUUAUUGGGGUACAUUUUCACAACCAAUUCCAUAUUUUCGUAAUGAAUUUAUUAAAUCAAUUAAAUCAUUUGAUGGAAAAAAUUUUUAUACUUCACCAUCUAAAAAAGGUGCUGGAUCUAGUUAUCCUAAUGUAACAAUUGGAAAAUUACCUGCUUAUGUUUCAGAACCUUAUUUAGAUAAUAUAGACAAAACUAACAAUAUCAAAGAUUAUAAAAAUUCAAUAAUUGGUCGUAAAAGCUUUAUUCAAUGUGGAAAUAUUGACUACUUUGGUCCAGAUCCAUAUAAACAACAACAAGGUAUUGUCAAAAGACCUCUUAAACCCUUAACAAUACAAACGAAAAGAAUCACAAUUCCAUUUAGACCAUCUAAUCCAGGUAAAGAACCAGGUGGUUACAAAGCUGGUACAUUUAAUCCAUUUCCUAAUUAUAUAUCUGAACCAUAUAUUGAUCCUUAUAAACGAAUGCAUUCUCAUCGAGAUGCUAAAGUGUUUAUUCCAUCAUCUGGACCUAAAUCUGCUCGAUUUGAUUCAAUAUUAACAAGAAAUGUAAAUAAAACUAUAAAUUCAUCGAAUUUCGACACUGUUAAAUCUGUAAUUUAUUCAUGA